ACCUAAAUAGGUAAGAUUGUCCUGCAGUCAGGAAUUGAAACCUAAGCGCUAGGUUUCCUAAGCAUACGGAGUAUUCCUGCAUUUGUCUUGCAGCAGCAGCUCAUUUCAGCAGAGGUGUAUUUAACAACGGUUUGGUUACUAUGGAUGUUAACCCUGAUUCCCCAUACUACAUCAACUUGCUUGACAGCAAGACUCAUCCUGAAGAUCACAGAGAAUAUGUGAUGUUUCAUGGCUGCUCAAAAGAGGGCGCAGAGUUUAUUAAAAGGGAAGGUUUCAAACCAUCAAGAGCCGAUAUCAGCAUGCUUGGUGCUGGUGUUUAUGUUAGUCGGGACAUCCGAAAAGCCUGUAAAUACCCUCUUGAUGUUCCUGACUCUGAGAAAAGAGUACUAAAAAUCAGGGUGGAUGUCGGCAGGGUUAAGGUCAUAGACAGGCAGAACCACCCCAUGCAGAAGACAUGGCACACUGUGCAUGGCUUUGACACUGCCUGGGUUCCCCCUAAUGUUGGCAUGGUGGCGAGCAACCAACAGGAGAACUGUGUCUACGACCCAAAGAGAAUCAAAGUCAUCGAGGUCAUGAAGGUUACCGAAGAGAACUUAUCUCAGUAUGAUCAUCUUCAGAGUGGAGUCUCGCCUGAGGACAGCCACGUCUACGUGAUGUACCAUGGAACAUCAAAACAGGCUGCAGUAGAUAUACAGAGAAAUGGCUUCACACCAUCUAAAGUUGGGAUGCUUGGUGCAGGUGUCUACCUCAGUCGAGACAUCCGAAAAGUCAUUAGAUACCCCCUUGGUUCUUCUGACUCAAACAGGAUGGUUCUGAAAGUGAAGGUGAAUGUUGGCAGAGUUAAAGUCAUCAACAAAAAGGGUCACGACAUGCAAUACAACUGGCACACUCAUGGCUUUGACACUGCCUGGGUUCCACCUGGUGUUGGCAUGGUACCAAGCAACCAAGAGGAGGACUGUGUCUACGACCCAAAGAGAAUCAAAGUGAUGGCAAUGCUGGAUGUCGCCAAUUUAAAAAAGGUAAACCCAUGGUUAAACAUUGUGUAGUGGAACUGAUGAACUCGAACUCUGCAUUCAGUGGGAGCAUCCAGCAUCACCUCAUGGUCACCAGAAGAGGAUGGUUAGAAUCAGACGGUCCCACAUGAUACAGCUCAUAGGAAGUAGAAGCUGAUGAUUUGACAUGGCAAUCUAUAUGCAAUCAAUCAUAUAACCUUAUCAUAUCAAAUAUUUUCGAAAUAUAAUCAAUCAUAUUUAGUUGAUGUCAAUAAUACAUGUGUAUCAAUGAUCAUAUGUAAAAAUAAAAUAAAAACGUUUUUCUUCCUGAUAUACAUCUCAAAUAAAUAUGUAAAAGUUCCC